AUGUCGAAAAUGAACUUCAUGCCUGCGAAGCCGACUCGGUUCAAACGCGCUAACUCGGGCAAUUCACGUGCUCUGCCGACCGAACCUUCCAUGAAGCUUGUGGCUGCAGCCAUCCUCUCACUGGCCACCGGCGCUUCGAUCGAGGAAGCGGUUCCGGGCAAUCACAUUGCGGCGUUCCACAGCUUUAUCGACCAGCACGGAAAGAAUUACAAGAAAGGCACACACGAGUACUUCAAGCGCUUGACCAUUUUUAGCGAUCGCCUCCACCGCGCUGAGGCGAUCAACUCGCGACCCGGUCGCUUGUGGACGGCUGGUGUCAGCCCAUUGGCUGACCUUACGCCCGAGGAGCUGAGUCAGAAGAAGGGCUGGGCCGGCUUCGCUAGCCCGACACGGGGCAUGG